GAUCAACCGCCCAAUCUAUUCUGUCACCCCGGCUGGCUUCGGUUGGGCGACCAGCCUGGGUCAUGGGCUGACACGGUUGCCCCGUCAGUCUCAGGCAAAAGGACAGCAGGGAGGCCAAGGCGUGAAUUGAAAUGCACAGCGAGUGCAAGCCUGGUCCUCUUUUCUUACUUCUUCAUCCUUCAACACCACUCAACCUCUCAAAAAACCAUCACCAAGCAUUUUUUUCCUCUCGUGCAAUCUCCAGUUCCCGUUCCGUUCGCCACUGCUCCCGUGUCACAAGCUCAAGCCCAUCAGCCGCACACACCCAAACCCAAAAUGGCUUCGACCAACUACAAGGAGGCUUUUGCUCUGUUCGAUAAGCGCGGCAAUGGCCGUGUUUCCCUCGAGAGCCUGGGCGACCUUCUCCGCGCCUGCGGCCAGAACCCUACCCUCUCCGAGAUCCAGGACCUCGAGAAGAACGUUGGCGGUGACUUCGAUUUCGAGACCUUCCAGCGUGUUCUGAACCGCCCCGGCGGCUUCCGCGACCCAGGCGAGCCCGAGGAGUACUGCCGCGGCUUCCAGGUGUUUGACAAAGACAUGACGGGAUUUAUCGGCGUCGGCCAGCUGAAGUACAUCCUCACAAACCUCGGCGAGAAGAUGACCGAUGAGGAGGUGGAUGAGCUCCUCAAGGCUGUCGACACCAGCUCAGGCCAGGUCAACUACACUGAUCUCGUGCGAACCAUCCUCGCCAACUAG